UCCCAGAAGUGGGAUGAGAUGAACAUCAUUGCUACGUACCACCCAGCAGGCAAAGAUUAUGGCUUGAUGAAAAUAGAUGAGCCAAGCACUCCUUAUCACAGCAUGAUAGGAGAAGAUGAUGAGGAUGCAGUGAGUGAUUCAGAGUCAAAUGAGCCCUUAAAAGCAGAUGUGUUGAGUAAAAAACUGGCAGCUGCAGCUGAAGGUAAAGGACCCAAGAUUAUAGCCAGGCAAGAGGAAAGCAGUGAGGAGGAGGAAGAGGAUGAAGAUUUAACACCUGAAGAACGAGAGAAAAAGAAACAGUUUGAAAUGAAGAGAAAAAUGCACUACAAUGAAGGAAGAAACAUCAAACUGGCAAGACAGCUCAUUGCAAAAGAACUCCAUGGUGAAGAAGAGGAUGAGGAUGAGGAUGAAGAGAUGCAUGAUGCUGCAGAUGUAGAAACAAUGAGUACAGAAACUACCGAACACGGGGAAAGGAGGGCUCCCAUAGGCAACCGUAUGACCUUUCUCCAUGGCCUGAAGCUGCCAUCCCUCUGCACUCUGCUGUAAAACAGAGGCAACUCCGCUCCCCAGCUGCAUUCUCCAGUGGAAAGAAGGCAGACCUUUGCAGCAUUUUUCCAUCUCUAUUGUUGAAGUCCAUUCCACCUUCCUCAUAACCAGCUUCAGAGCCACAACUGACUGAGAUUUCUUGCUGAUUGAAAUGAAGAUGGCCAGUCCAGUCAGUGAUGCACAUGUUACUCGUACCAGCUGGAAAGUAGAGCACACAGCAUAGAAGAAAUCUGUCCAGAACUGUAACUGCUUUCUCACAGACACAAACAUAAACAUCGCUUCAUGAUUUUUGCAAUUAAGGCUCUUACAUGUUGAGAAGCAUAUCAGUUACAAUGUUGUAUUGCCAAGAAUGUUAAUUUUAGACUUGUCCAUGAGGCAGAAAACACUGUCUAAUUGAUUUAUUCUUGUGCCUAGUACUUCAUGGAGAAUACUGCUUCAUAAUCUGUUCAGCCAGGACAGCAUUCCCUGUAUGCAUAACGCUGAUUAUCUUUGGUGAUGUACUGUUACUCUUGCUUCGAAACACUCACUAUCUUUUGGGCUUUCACUAUUUAUUUGAGAGUGUUCCAGAUGUGGUGUCUCUCCUGGAGAGGUUUGGGAUUCAAGAGCCAAACAGUACAGCAUAUAUCAGACUGACAUGCAAGCUAUUUAUCAGAUGUGCUAAGCAGUUUAAAAAGGGAUUAUUUAAGUCCUACUCCUUUUUUGUAAAGUGUUGACCCGUUGAUCUAGGUUUCAGUUUGUUAUUACCUGCCCUUCCCCAGUCUUUAGGACAAGAGCUGUGUCAUUUCUCCAGAGCGGUGUUUGGAGUCGGCUGUUAGUGUCUGACUGAAGCAGUGCUAACAUCUGGUGGAGGGAAUGUUUUUACACUGGAAAUGGCUACCUUGAACUUUGCAUUUAACUGUCAUUAUCUCUUCCAUCGGGACUGGCUGUUUUGUGGAGCUCUUUGGCUUAUCAUGAGAACAUGGAAGUUUCCUCUAGCUUUUCUCUUAAACCACAUCCACUGUCACUCUUCUGGCUCUUGUUUCAAAUGUUUGGUUCUCUCCAGUUGCAUGAACAGUACUUGUGCUACUAGCACUUGAGGAAAAACACCCAGCCACGAGGAAAUCCACAUCAGGACUGUGAAGAUGUGCUGAGCUUAGGCUCUGGCUGUUUUUUAUUCAAGAUAACUGCUGUUGAUCUACUCACUUGGAGUUGGCAACUUUCGUACGGAAAACCACUGGUCUAAAUCUUCCUGUGUCCAUUGCAACUUACAGCAGCUGCUUUUGUAAAAUGAAGGCUGUUUGGAAGACUAGAAGGGAAACUGCCUAUUUCAAAUACUCAUUUACAGUGUGGUUGUAUAGCCCCUGUAAAGAGGGAUUCUGCACCUCCAUAUUGCUGUAAACAACUUCCCACUGGGUGGAAUUUGACUGGUGAAUGUUCCAGUAUUCAGAGUAGUUCCUGGGGUUUAUUACACAAAGUAUACACUUAAGCUUUAGCUUGGUUAUGGAAUACAGUGUAUAUCUUAAUUUUGAUCCGAAUUUGAUAUGUUGCAAAAAUCCAUAUAAUGAUAUGGGUCUAUUUUAAAAUGUCUUUUUCUCCACUGUAUAUGUGAAGUUUGAAUAAAGGAAUGAAAGUUAUUUUACAGUUA